AUGAAUAGAAAAUCAAAUAUUGAUUUUAGUGAGGAUUCAAUAUCUAUCUUUAAUUUGACAGAUGAACAUGAAGAACUUUUGAAAGGAUGGAUUCAUGGAGAAGAAGAAGGAAAAAAUACUGAAUUUGAACUUUUAUAUAAGGGAACAAGGGAUACAUUCGUUUCCUAAAAGAUGCAUGAGAUGAUUAAUCAAAAAGGACCUAUUGUUGGCAUAAUAAAAUCUUAGCAUGAUCAAGUAUUUGGAGGUUACUCAUCAAUAGGAUGGAGGAAUUAAGGUGACUGGGUUAGAGACGAAAACGCUUUUGUCUUUAGUCUAACUAAAAAGACCAAACAUGAGUAAUAUCAGCAUUAGGAAUAAGCUUUAUAUUUCACAGACACUUUUAUGCUUUGGUUUGGUUAUGAUUUUAUGAUCUACUCAAACUGUGACAAAAAUCCUAACACUAACUCAAGCUUAGGAACUACUUACAAACUGCCUGAAGGAAUUGCAGUUGGUUCUGUAGAAGGAAAAAGUUACCUUGCUGGUUCAUUUAAUUUUACAGUCAAAGAAAUGGAAGUUUAUAGAGUAAUCUUAGAUUAAUGA